CGCGCUUGCGUCGUAGUAGGGCCAACUCCUACCGUGGCGCCACCGCCCCUUAAAAACUAGAGCCCGCUGCGCGGCCCUCGCCAGAAUAGAGCCCAUCGGUGACGUGUGACGCCGCGGACCGUGCAUCUUGUGGAACUCCGAGCCCUGACCAGAGGAACCUGCCGUUGCGAAACCAGGAGGAAUCUGUUGGUGGUGCAGAGUAGAACCUCCCUCCUUCUGGGAAAGAGUGAGAGAGUGAGAGACCUCUCGGGCAGUUUGCGUUGUCGCUUUUAACUUCUCUUUGAGGUCGUCCGGCUUGUCCGCCCAGCGGUCAAGCGAUUAUUCGGUGCCAAGACGAGUGUGCCCACCAUGACCUCGAUGUUCCAGACGCGCCUGACGAUGGCGCCUUCGCCGACGCCGUCCCAUUCCAGGAGGCUGGACAAGAAAAAGUUCACGCACGUCUCCAGCGAGGUGAUCGCCCGCGGCGAACACAUGUCGCUUGCCAAGUACAAGUACGUGGACGCCACCGGCAGUCAAAAGAUCUGGGAGGUGGCCGAACGAUGCCAGAAGGCCAAGAGCAGCGAGUCUGACUCCGUCUGCGCGCUUCCCAUCCUGCGCCGCAUGCUGAAGUACGACUGCCUGGUUCUCGUCAAGCAGUACCGGCCUUCCAUGAAAGCCUUCACCCUGGAGUUCCCCGCUGGCGUCGUUGAGCCCCUGGACUCCACGUCAGAAGCCGCAGCAUUGCGCCGGCUCAACUCGCAAACUGGCUACACGUGCACCGGCCUCAAGAAGACCAGCCCUCUUACGGCCUCUGACCCAGUCCACACAGCGUGCACCACGAAGCUCGUCUCGGUCGAGAUCAACGGCGAUGAUCUCCGCAACCUCAACGCCCAGCAGAAGUUCGGCGAGGGAGAGUUCUACGAAGUUGUCCAGGUCCCCAUGAACGACGUUCUUAAGCGGUUAAAUGAAUACAGCGAGGACGGCUACGUGAUCGACUCUCGCGUCUACACCUUCGCCCUGGGCCUGUCCAUGGGGCUCAAAAUGGGCGCCGAGCAGAACGGCGACAAGGAGGACGACGUCCAGAUAGUGACCAACAUCAUCGACCACUAGAGGCGACCUCCCCCCCACGUCUUCACCGGUGAACUCGCCGCACUGCAGUCAGAAACCCAAGUUUCCCUUGACGUGGACAGACAUGGAACAUUGCUACCGCAAGCCUCCGUGUCUCUAAAAGAGUUUUAUUCUGACCACGCGAUCAACUUCCGGGGGGGAAAUAUGUUAAGCAACCAGUAAACUUGUUACAUGUGCAACACAGGCCACCCGGAAUUAGCUAUAAAAAGCAUAUUCUGAUCGCGACAGGUCCGCUCGUGCUCACAAUCGUAGAUGCAGCCACUUCUCUCUAGCUUUUUCAAAGUGCAGAGAUGACAGGUAUAGAUUUGAACUUCGAAGUCUUCCAGGCGGCGGGCGCAACCGUGGAGCGUUUGUGUAUUACGUUGAGUUUUCGUGAAAUGUGAGUGUCGUGCAUUGCAUGCCAUGUAUGUAUUGAUAUUUCGAACCCACUGACAUUUUUUUUUUCAUUUUGCUGUUGUAAUUAUUUGAUUGCCCCCUUAUGCUGUGUCUUUAUGGUACCUGAAACUCGCUCUUUUCUUUGAAACGCGCGCAUGAUUAUUUUUUAAUAGCCGUCAAAACUCUGGGAACACCGCGGGAAUGAUAAUAAAUAAAAAAUUAGUUAUCGAACCACUUGAUAGAUUGUUAGCGCCAAAGAGUAGUGAAUGAUAUACGAACGCAUUGAGACGAUAAAUAUAAUAAGCCACAAUCUGUGGCAAAAUAUUCCGUACGGCUUGAUUGAUCCAAUGGCUUGGUAAUAAUAGACUGGUCGCUAGCUAUUUGAACACAUAUUUCGUAAAUUUACGCGGUAAUGACGCCUUCUCUCUUCCCAGGUGUGUCUCAGAUCUGACACCAAAGCGCUGUAUCUGUACGUCGGUGAAUAAAGAGUGAUGUUAUCAUUUAUCGA